AUGAAUAUAAUAGGCAGACCUGCAGUGGUGGUUCAUUUCAUCCUCAUUCGAGGGUACAAUGGAGUCGAGAUUACCAAGGAACAUGGCAUCGUGAAAACAAUUGUCCAGUUGCUCCUCAUGGUCAUCGGGUGUGUGAGUGGCAAUCAUAAGCCAUCGCCGCACAAGUUUGACUGUCCACCUAAAAAGGUGCCAGGUGGUAUGAAAGAGGUGAUGACAUGCGCUGCCAAAUUUAAGUUUAUGUUGGACCAGACGGACUCCCAAAUGAUUUAGUUAUGAAUUUAGCAAAACAUGUCUUCUUUCACGCCAUCAAAUGUAUUGAUGAGGACUACGAG